UAAUACGGUUAAAGAUUGGCAUGGAUGAAGCCGGGAUAUGUAACAUCUUGACUUUGGUCUUCCUGCUACAUUGAUUUACCUAUUUGAAAAGGACGGUUUCCGUGAGUACAAUCUGCUGACUUUGUUGUUCAUGAUGGAUCACGGCGAACAAAGGCGCAGAUGGCAAUGCUGCCGGAUUGUUCUGUGUUUCGUUUUGCUUCUCUGCUUUGGGAAAUAUGUUUCGGCGCAAAUAAGGUACUCUGUUCCGGAGGAUGUUAAAGAAGGGUCUGUUGUGGGUAACAUAGCAAAGGAUUUGGGCCUUGAUGUUAGUACUUUGGUGGACAGACGGUUUCGCAUCGUCUCUGGAUCUAAAGACGCUCUUUUCGAGGUAAAUACGAACAAUGGCGAGCUUUAUGUUCAUAAGAAAAUCGACAGAGAGGAGCUGUGUGAUGAUAACACUGCCUGCUUUAUAAAUCUAAAAAUUGCAGUAGAAAGUCCUCUAGAAAUACAUUACGUAGGAGUAGAGAUAACGGAUGUCAACGACCAUGCACCUGUUUUUCCUGAAAAGCAGCAAAAUUUAAAGAUUGCAGAAAACACGUUAACUGGGGCUGAUUUUCAGCUCGUAGCUGCUCGCGAUCCUGAUUCUGGAGUAAAUUCGCUUCGUACAUACAAACUCAGUCAUAACGAGCAUUUUGAUCUAGAGAUUCGAGAUGGUGGAGAAGAUAAUAAAAUACCAGUUUUAAAACUGCAGAGAGCUCUUGACAGAGAACGUCAUUCCUCUCACAAUUUAGUAUUGACUGCGAUCGAUGGUGGAAAUCCGCCCAGGUCAGGAGCUUUGAACAUUUCAAUAACUGUACUUGACAUCAAUGACAACAGACCAGUUUUCAGUAAAGAUGUUUAUACUGUGACAAUUCCUGAAAAUAUUCAAAGGGGGAGUUUAUUGGUCAGAGUUAAUGCUACUGAUGCUGAUAAAGAUCUAAAUGGCGAUGUCAUUUUUUCGUUUGCCAGUAACUUAAAGAAAAAAGUUUAUGAAACGUUUGAACUGGACGAAAACACAGGAGAAAUUCGCGUGAAAGGCAUGGUUGACUUUGAGGAUGCUGAGAUAUACAGGGCUGAUGUUACUGCUUCUGACAGAGGAGAACCCCCCAUGACAACAAACUGUAGAGUAAUCAUAAAGGUUACUGACAUAAAUGACAAUAAACCAGAAAUUGAAGUGACCUCACUUUCUAAUUUAGUACCUGAAAAUUCUAAACCAGGAACUGUAGUAUCACUCAUUAGUGUAACGGAUAAAGAUUCAGGCAUUAACGGGAAAGUAGUAUGUAGUCUCUCUGACAAUGCUCCAUUUGAGUUGAAACCAUCUUUUCAGGAAAAUAUGUAUUCUUUGGUGACGAAAGGUAAUUUAGAUCGAGAAGUGGCUUCACGCUAUGAUAUCACGAUAUUUGCAGCUGACCUAGGACAGCCCCCUUUAUCCUCUUUCAAAACUUUGAGCGUCGAAGUCUCAGACAUGAAUGACAACCCCCCAGCAUUUCCGCAAAACCCUCUUGAACUUUACAUAUUUGAAAAUAACUCGCCAGGUGGCUCUAUAUUGUCAGUAAGCGCAUAUGACAACGAUGAAAACGAGAAUGCACUGAUCUCAUAUCAGAUUUUGAGAGAUGAUGGAUCACAGGAUGGCCUGGCUUCAUUUCUGAAUGUUAACUCAGAGACAGGUGUUAUUCGUGCGCUAAAGAGCCUUGACUUUGAAACCUCCAAAACGUUCCAGUUCCACGUGCUCGCUACUGAUUCUGGAACUCCACCACUGAGCAGCAACGUCACAGUGAACGUAUUCAUUCUGGAUCAAAACGACAACGUUCCAGUGAUCUUAUAUCCGGUCAGCUCUAACGGAUCUGCUGAAGGUGUGGAGGAGAUUCCCCGCAAUGUGAACGCAGGACAUUUGGUGACUAAAGUGAGAGCCUAUGACGCAGAUAUAGGAUACAACGGCUGGCUAUUAUUUUCACUACAGGAAGUGAGUGACCACAGUCUGUUUAGUUUGGACCGCUAUACAGGACAGAUAAGGACCCUUCGCUCAUUCACAGAAACAGACGAGGCUCAGCAUAAACUGGUCAUUCUGGUCAAAGACAAUGGCAACGUUUCACUUUCAGCAACAGCGACUGUGAUUAUCAAAGUUGUGGAGCCCAAAGAGGCUUUUGCAGCUUCUGAUGUUAAGAACGCAGUAAAAGAUGAAGAGGACAGCGACGUCACAUUUUAUCUGAUCAUCACUCUGGGCUCAGUUUCAGUGCUUUUUGUGAUCAGUAUCAUUGUGCUGAUUGUAAUGCAGUGCUCCAAAUCUACAGACUAUUCCUCCAAGUACUUACAAGAUACAAAUUAUGACGGAACACUGUGUCACAGCAUCCAGUACAGAUCAGGAGAUAAACGGUACAUGUUAGUUGGACCCAGAAUGAGUAUCGGUUCUACUAUAGUCCCGGGCAGUAAUGGGAAUACUCUAGUGGUACCGGAUCGCAGGAGGAGAACUUCUGGAGAGGUAGGAGUGCUUUAUUUCAAAUGAUUUUUGAGUUUCUAUUUCACGUUGGGGUCGCACUACUGCUUUUGCAGUCAGGAAUACCAGAUGUCUUUUUGUUUAAUUGUUGUUUCGGAGACGUGAUUUGGUUCUAUUUUCAUGGUCAUUUGCUUUGCUUUUGCUUUCAUUUACUCUUUUAACUAAAAGCAUUUU